AUGUACACCAAUUCGACCUUUUCUUUACCGCCAGAACCGCCGGGGAUCGACCUUAACGAGACCCGGGUUCCAGAAAUCUAUGGCGCGCUGAUAUCGACAUGGGCCUUGGCGGCCUUCACAUUGGGCUUGAGGGCGCUGGUGAGGAGGAGCAGGGGAGGGGCGGCCUGGUGGGAUGACAUAUUGGCCUGGAUGGCGCUGGUACGGAUCCCGCCCAACCUGAUAUUGUCGGAGCUGGCCUUGGAUGGGCUGGUAGCAGCUUCUGCUCAGGUGUUGAUGGUGAUUGGAUACAUGAUCCCCAAUGGAACAGGUCGACACAUCUGGGCCGGCACGAUCCAGUGGCCGAGGUCCUGGGCAAUCGGAAUGUUUGUCACUGAGCUAAUCUACGUGCUGGUCCUUGGCUUGGUCAAAUAUUCGACCCUUUGCCUGUACUGGCGGGUGUUUGGUGCCGAGAAGCGCAACCGUAUCACCAUCUGGAUUAUGGCCGGUUUGGUCACGGGCUGGGUCGUCGCAAUCAUCGUCACCAGCGUCCUUCAGUGCUACCCCGUGAAUGCGUACUGGGAGCGCUUCAACCUGGAGAAUCCCAUGUCACCUAGCCAGUUCAAGUGUGGCGUCGACACCAAGCAAUUUUUCAUCGGUAACGCGAUCCCAACCGUGGUCACCAACUUGUUGUUAUUGGUCAUGCCCGUGCCGUACGUUUGGCGGCUACGGAUGCCGACCCCGCAAAAGGUUGCCGUCUUGGCUGUUUUCUUGUUCGGUUUCAUUGUCACCGUGGUGUCGGCAAUACGUCUUGUUAUGAUUAUCAAAGACAAUCUGACGGACCCGGAUGUGACUUGGAGCAUAAGCGACUCGAUCAUAUGGUCCAACGUUGAAUGCAAUAUUGCAAUUUUCUGCUGCUCCCUCCCAACCCUCAAGCCAAUCCUAGAUAUAUUCACCGCCGGCACCACCAAGGCCGCCGAGCGCGUGGCCCGCGAGAGCCACAAGGCCACGGGCGCCGAUGCCGACGGCGGCAGACACAACGGGAACAGCACGCAGAUGCAAACGCUGCAUAGCGCCGGCGACAGCAAAACACUGCAGUGGCUGGACGAAAGCCGGUGCCGCUCGGCGCAGCAACAGCGCAGCGAGCCCUGCGGCAGCAGCUGCGAGACGGGCAACAUGCGCACCAUGACCGAGAUCAAGGCCCACCGGCGGCCGCCGGCGGCGCACACAAACCCAGGCAUCUCCGGCGGCGGCAACAACAACGGCUGCAGCAGCCUCAGGAGGAUGAAGUCGCUGACCGUCUCGCCUACCCUGUCGCGCAGUCGGAGUCAAAGCAGGGCGAGGCUGGCCAAGAGCAGGCGCGGCAGCUGGGACGGGGCGCCCUCCGACGUGUCUAGCAUCGACGAACUGGUGGGCAUCACCGUCACGUACGACGUGAUGGUUUCGAGUGAAAGGGUGGAGAUGCUGGAAAAGCCGGCGCCUCUGGAACAGAUGAGGUUCAGCGAGAUGGGAUUUCCAAAUUUGAAGUUUCAGGGUGCUUAGUAUAAAUAUCUUAUAAAAAACCUGGGUGCCUACCUGUUUUUUCCUUUUGUCUUCUUGUACCGCGGGCCAACGGACAGUGUAGCGAGCGACCUUUUGGUUGCUUUCUUUCUUUCUUGUAUAUACAUUCAGUUCUAGGACCAUGUGUCGUAGAUCAUCGGCACUUAAUUUGAGCUAUCUAGGUAUCC